UACGCAGCGGCCGUCAAGGACUUCAGCGCCGCUCUGGCGCUCGAUCCCAGCAACGCCGACUUCUAUCACAACCGCGGCUUCUCCCUGCGCAAGCUGGGCCACUUUGAGGCGGCGGUGUCGGACUACAGCGCGGCGAUAGCGAUCUGCCCGCACCACUGCCGAGCGUUCUACAACCGCGCAUUCUCGCACGAGCGCCUGCGCCGAUGGGACGACGCCAUCGCCGACUACGACCGCGCCCUCCAGCUAGACCCCUCCAACGCAACCGCCUACCACAACAGGCAUGUUUGGGGCCUGCUGCGGGAGCGCAUGGGUCAGGUGCGGGAGGCGUCGGCUGACCUGGCGGCGGCGUGCCUGCUGGAGCCGGGCAACGCGGCGUUCCUGCGCUGCCGCGGCGUCAACCACCGCUCCAACGGCGACUGGGCCGCCGCCCUCGUGGACCUGGACGAAGUGCUGCGCCUGCUGCCGGGCGACCCCCUCGCACUCGCCAACCGCGGGUAUGUGUGGCGGAAGCUGGGGGAUUUCCGGGCGGCUGCGGAGGAUUACGGGCGCGCGGUGGCGGCCGGGCAGGGCACGGUGCGGCUGUACAAUAACUAUGCCUUCUGCCUCGCCAAGCUCGGGCUCUAUGAUGACGCCGUGGCCGCCUACGACAGCGCCCUGCAGCUGGACCCCUACAAUGCCCACGCCCUCCACAACAGGUGA